UAGCUUCACUCACCGCUGUACCGUACCGCGGGCCCGCCGUGCAGUGGCCGCCAUGUUAGUUGCAAGAGGAAUCCGGCUUGUGGCUCAGUGCCAAGGGAAGCCACUUAUAGGUACUGCUGUAGUAUCAACGAGAAAAAUCAGCUAUCUCCCUAAGAAAGGCACUGGAGGGAGAUCUUCAUUCAAUGGAGUGUCAGCAACAGUGUUUGGAGCCACUGGAUUUCUUGGCAGAUAUGUGAUUAACAGAUUGGGUCGUGUUGGCACUCAACUCACUGUUCCAUACCGCGGGGAUGAGCAUGACAUCCGACAUCUUAGGCUCAUGGGGGAUCUGGGUCAAAUUGACUUCUUUGAUUUCCACCUAAAAGAUGAGGAGUCCAUAGCCAAGAUGGUGAAACACUCCAAUGUUGUUGUAAAUCUGAUUGGACGUGGCUUUGAAACCAGGAAUUUUAAUUUUGAGGAAGUCCAUGUGGAUGGUGCAAGAACUAUAGCGAAGGCUGCUAAGGAGGCUGGGGUGGAACGCUUAAUACAUGUCUCUGCUUUGAAUGCAGCAGUGGACAGCCCCAGCAAAUUUCUGCACACCAAGGCCCUAGGAGAGCAAGCUGUAAGAGAAGAGUUCCCAAAUGCCACCAUUCUUAGACCAGGCACAGUCUUUGGCCAUGAAGACAAGUUCCUCAAUUACUAUGCCUAUUUGAGAUCCCUUCCUUUUGGAAUUCCCCUUAUUGAAGGAGGGAUGAACACGAAGAAAAUGCCAGUUUAUGUCGCUGAUGUGGCGCAGUCGAUUCUAGAAGCCAUCAAAGAGGAGGCCAGCGUUGGACAAACAUUUGAAUUAGUUGGGCCGAGUGAAUACUACCUGUAUGACAUCAUAGAUUACAUCUACCGCGUCAUGAAGUGUAACUUCAAGCAUUACACUGUGCCAAGAAAGGCUUAUGAACUCAUGGCAUGGGGAUUCGAAUGGUCAAUUUUCAACCCAAGACUCACAAGAGAUAUGCUUUACAGGCAAUUUCAAUCUGAUGCCUUGACCCCAGGGCUCCCCGGCCUAGAAGACCUUGGCAUCAAACCCACCCCCCUCGAAGCGGAAGCAAUUGCAGUGCUUAGAAGACACCGUCAAUCAUACUACUACGAGGAGGCCAUUGACGAGGACGAAGUCUGCCGCAAAACGGCUUCCUACCAGUGAGAUGUGCAAUCACCUUAUCACUGCUCACGUGACUCGUGAUAUCAACAUGGUCACGUGAAUGGUCAAGUGUUCUUUAAGAUCAGGUGUUCUAAUAGUCAGAGUUGUUAACGUUUUAAAAUUCUAUUCCAAGGAUAUUUUGUAAAUAUGAAAGUAAAAGCCUGUUACCGGUAA